AGGCCUGGUUUUAGUUUUUGCGUUAAAAAUUGUAACUAAACGAAGUUAUUUAAUUGCGUAAGAUGAAACAUUCUAGUAGAAAAUUAACAGAGGAACUGAGCAUGGCUCAAAGCAGCUUGUCAGAUUUUCUAGGAUCAGAUAUGAAAAUAUAUUUGAAUCUUUUAAAAUCUUGGUUCAAGAAAAAAAUAUCUAAGCAAGAUUUUGACUUAGAAGCUAGAAAUCUUUUGUGUUCUGAUUCAAUCCACCUGCACAACAACUUCCUGUUGCUGCUGCUUGCAAAAUGUCAAAGUUUUGGAUCUUCAGCAUUGUUGAAUGACGAUUGGAAGUCAAGUGACAAGAGAUUGCAGGACAAGACAUUCGGUGACAGAAUACAUGCAUCCUCGUCUGUCUCCCUGCAGGAUGGCUCCAAUUUUUUCAUGAAGGCUGAUCCACUGAGCAUCGUUCCACAAAUUCCUUUCCAAAUGCCUGAUCCUGAAGCACUCACACCUGGUUAUGCGUCAUUGGAGAACUUGCUACCAGAUGCGAGCAUGGUGCAUGGGAGGAUGCUGGUCGGUGCGUGGGAGAGAGGAUUGCUCAGUGUCGAUGACCAGUGUGUUCAUCUUCUCAAGUUCGCCAUUGAGAUUUUGUUGAAAAACAUACUAUCGUCAUUAUCGAGUCUCAAGUACAACAAACAUUCCAUGGACUCAUCAUUCUACGUUGGAGAUGGCGGUUUCAAGCAGAAAUCAUUAUUCAAUUAUUCAUCAACACCCAACUCUUGUGAACUCUUUCUGGAAGUUAAUGAUGAGCCUAUGCUGCUUGACGAUGAGAAUGAUGUCGGUGGUUAUGACGAUGACGAUGAUGACAGUGAUGGUUGCAGUAGUAUGGGUGAAGUGAGUUCAUGUUUGGAUGAAGUGUCCAUGCCUCACUCAUCCUCCAAAUCAUCCAUCCAUCAUGCUAACCUUUUCGAUCUCUUCAACGUCUUCACGACUCGGAAGAACAUAAUACCAUGCCACGCAUUGUACACGUUAAACAUGGAGCGCAUCAUCAACACCAUGUGGCAUCCUUCAUCUCAGGAGGAGGAGGAGCAAGCUGACGUCUCACCUCUUUCUACUAAUCCCUCCACUACAUGAUGUUCACCUAAUUUUUUUUUACAGACUUUUCUUUUUUAUUUUUUUUUUUAUCGUGUAAUGGUUUUGUUUGUCUAUUUGUUGUUGAAUAUGUUUCAAUAACUCUCGCCUAAAAUUGAAUCCAAAAUGUGACAGUAUACUCCAUUAUGAGGCAGAUCAUCCAUAAUGGUGACCCUAUACUGGGCUUCCUAAAUUCAAUUCGUCUUGUUUUUGAAAGAGAAGAUUUUCUGUUUCAACUGCAAAAAUCUAGAAUUCGCUACCUGUAGAUUUGAUGAUAUUCGUUAGCAUAAGCCGACAUGUUUUUAGAGGCCAUCCACAAUUCCUUGGACAUAGAUGCAAAUUUUUUUAUUAUUCUUUAAAAAAUCAGAAUCUGACAAACGCAGAAAUUGUUACAACAUGCAAGGCAAUAAUAUAAAAGAAGGGAUACUAGCAUUCAUUCAUUUUGUUACUCGUGUCAAUAAAAACUUUUGGUUUGGUAUAAAAUUGAUCAAAUGUGUACAUUUUAUUUAUACCCGAAAUGUCAUGUAAAAUAAAAGUU